GUGCUCUGAACAGGAAGCAGAGGGAAGGAUGGGAAGAGAUUAGUGCUGCGCUCUGUGGACUCAUCACUCAAUAAAAGGACACUCUGCAAACAACACAGGCGCUCAGCCUCAGGAGAACUGGGAAAGGUGCGAGUUUCGUUUUAGGGAUAUAUAAAAACUUACUGGAAAUCGCUUUGGACUUUCUGGAUAUUUUCAGAUCAGGAUAAUCAGUUUGAACAACUUCUAAUAAUGGAUUGUUACAGCAAAGUAAGAACAGAGGAACCAGAUCUAAGAAGGUUCUAAGUGACUUUUCUGGUAGGCUUUCCUGUGUGUGUUGUGCUAAGAGAAUACGUUAACCAGUGUAAAACAAAAAUUUUAAUUAAUUACAGACUGUUUUAUUCUCAGUGCAUUCCUCGCCCCCGAUACUACCCAUCUGCUCUUAUCUUACAUACAUAAUAUACAGAAAAUAUACAUCUGUGAAAUACUGGAGGACAUGACAAAUGUAAAACAACCUUUCUAGGAUUUAAGAACAGAGGGCUUCCUAUGUUGAGUGUUUCUCCAACUGUGCCAGCACUCUUUUUGAUAGAAUCCUUUUACCGUGCAACCAAAAGAAUGACCUCUACAUCUUACAUGGUUUUGUUCUCACUCUUGGUUCGGAUAUCAGGGGCUAGUUGUCCUCAGGGCUGCCUGUGCACCUCUGACAUACUGAACUGUGGCUCUUUGGGUCUGGAUAGAUUUCCCAACCCGCUUCCGUUCACGACUUCUGUCUUUGACCUCAGUCAUAACAGACUAACAUGGCUGGCAGCCGGCUGCUUCCACGGACUCCCAAGGCUGCACACUUUGUAUAUGUCCCAUAACCGCAUCUCCUUGCUCAGCCCGGGAGCUUUCCAUAACAUCAGCAGUCUACGAUACUUGGACCUCUCUUCCAACAAAUUGCAGGUGGUGGGGAAGUUUCACUUCCAGAACCUGCCAGCCUUGGAGGUGUUGUUGCUGUACAACAACCGUCUUUCCCGAGUGGAGAGCAACACGCUAAUGGGGCUUGGCAGUCUCAGAAAGGUAUACUUCAGCCUCAACCAGAUCACAGAUUUCCCAUUCUUCUCAGUUCGCAAGCAUAGCCACCCCAACCUGGUAACGCUGGACCUCUCCUCAAACCGACUGUUUCGUUUGCCCAUGGAUGACAUUGUGCUGUUGCCCGUUGCAGUGCAAAAAGGCCUGUUCCUGCACAACAACAGUCUGGAGUGCGAUUGCUCUCUGUACCGCAUGUUUUGGCACUGGGAGCAGAAGGGAUAUGCAAGCGUGAAAGACUACAAGGAUGACUACAAGUGUCUGAUGUACGGUGAACCUCAAACCUCAAUUAAUUUUCUGCGCUCUGCAUACUUCUUUGAGAACUGUACAGUUGGGAAGAUGAUAUCUCUGAUAUCCCCAAAGGCUGAUAAAGUUGUUUACGAGGGAGAACAAGUGAGACUGGACUGCACUGGAACAUUAAACGGAGAAGAUCUGUCCUACAGCUGGAUCAUUCCUCAUCAAGAGAACAUCUCUCAGCUGAUCCAGAACGGAACUCUACGCCUCAAUCAAGACGGUAGCUUGGAUAUUCUUGCUGCCCAGUCCACAGAUUCAGGGAUCUACCAGUGCACUGCUGUGGAUAAUACGAGGAUGAUAAAUGAAUCACGAGAAGUGAACCUAACUGUGGUAGCCCAGCGCUCCUCAGCGGAGCCGUUCAACACAGGCUACACCACUCUUUUGGGGUGUAUUGUGACCCUUGUCCUGAUAUUGAUGUAUCUGUAUUUAACCCCAUGUCGCUGUGGUUGCUGCAAACCUCCGCCCCCCUCUCCAGCCAUCUCAACCUUUGGAGAAGACCGCUGCACUCUGGCCUCUAUCUUUGCAGCUCCUUCAACCGAUCGUCUCAAGGGCAAGUCUCAGUCCGACAGGCACGUAGUGUUUCUUGAACCACUCGUGGCAGGGAGAAACGGCCAUCCGAAAGCUGCAUUUGUUGUUGAACAGCCUGCAAUCGAAUGGGACACAGAAAACUUUACCAUUAUUAGAGAAAGAAAUUACUCAGAGUAGCAAAUUUGUAACAUUUGCUUAACCCUCACACAAAUCUGUCAAUUCCCUAAUAAAUCAUUUUGAUCCUCAGAUUUA